AUGUCUGUGUUAACAAGAGGAUAUAUGAUAUCUGAUGUAUCAACAAAAAGGUUGAGAAAUAGUUCUGUGAUAACUAGCUUUCAGCCGUCUGGCAGUAAUAUGUAUGGUGAUCCGAUUCGAGUAACUGUUUCUAGCAUUAAAGCUGUCGAGUUUUGUGUCUUACGUGAUGUUUCAUUGUCUUCUUUCCAUGACAUAUUGACUAGUGACCACAAAAAUCUUAGAGAUUAUAUUGUUACCAACGCUACCGAAAGACAUACUGUAAAACCUGGAAGUCAAGACAUAUCCAUACACGCGAACGUUCAGUCUUGCCCUGAUCAUUCAAAACGCGAUAAAUAUUCAAUUGUUGUUGGUCUAGUUUCAAGUACUCUAGACUCACUGGAUGAGGAAAUAAAUAUUACAUGCUACAUAAUUCAUGUAAAGAUUCGAGAAGAGGAACAUGUGAAUACAAGUAUCAUGUAUACAUAUUGGAAAACCAAUUGGAACCGUCUUCUGACUCCACAGAUCCUUUUUGAUGCUGGUGAAAAUAUGAACACAAUUGAUGAAACUACUAUUUUACCAACGAAAACAAUCACAUCAUAUAUAAAUCAUGAUAAAGUUUGUCAAACAACAUGGAGACCAUGUUGUUUCAUAUGUCUUUCUUUAGAAACUACUUAUAAUCUACGUGUACUUUUACCAUGUCGACAUGCCGUCAUUUGUUCUGAUUGUUUUAAAUCAUUAUAUAAAUCAGCAAUGUUUACAGUAAAUCAUCAUUUAAUUGGAUAUAUUACUUGUCCAAUAUGUCGUACACCUAUAAAUUCAACCUUAUUAUUACCUAGAAUCAAUUAUAACGAUGAAUUAGAUAGUGAAGUUACUAAUGUCAUGAAUGGUGAUAUCAUAACUAAUAUUACAGAGGUCUCUAUGUAA